AUGACAACGAGACGCGCAACGACUGUCCGUCACAAUCGCCUCCACUCCUCGUCGAAUGCCGGGGUUGACGAGAUGGGAACCGCGAUACGAGGGGAAUCCUCGGAUAUAGAAUCCUUGAUGCGUGAUCUAGAUGCUUCAGAGAGGGAAAACAUCCGCUUGAAGGACCAGGUUUUAUCGCUACAAUCACUUUUAGCGCAGAGACCGAGUCCUGAAGAGCUAAAAAAGGCGAGGGAGACAGCACGAAAUGUCGAGCUAUUACUCGCAGGCGCGAACAGGGAGAACGAGCGAGCAAUGAUGGAGACUGAGCGAGCCAAUCGAAGAAUCAAGAUACUCGAAGACGAACUGGCGAGGCUCGCGGGAGAGAACUGGCAGACAACACUCGACCUGGCGCCUGGACGAACCUCUCUCGAUGCGCCGGAACGUCCCUCCCCUGCACCAGUCUCGAUCGCGCCACCGCCUACAGUCACAGCUGAAUACCUAGAACAAAUGCGUCUCCUAAUUAUUGGAAUGGAAACCCACCUUCAAUCUCGAGAGGAAGAAUUGAGCAAGACAUUGUCAAUAGCAGAAGAGAAGGAGAAACAACUUCAGGCGAUGAAACGGCCAGACUUGUCUUCGUAA